GACCUCCUCCAAGGACGCCGCGGACGCCGAGGACGUCGGGGACGUCGGGGCCGCGAUGGCGCUCAACCUGAGACUGCGUCAGUUCCACGUCGCCAAGUGCAAGGGCGACAAGGUCGCCAAGGCCGAGUUCAGAGGCGUGGCGCAUUUCUCGAGGGUGCUGGAGGACGUCGGGGAGCUCAUUAUCGUAGAUGAGAGGUUCUCCUGGCCGCUGGCCCGCGCCGUCGAGGAGGAUGAGGUGCUCAAGGUGCACCUCAUGUCGCACAGCCGCUUUCUCGGCAACCGCGUCCUCGGCUCGCUGGCCCUGGUGCUGCAGCAGGUGCUGGAGGACGGCCGGGUCAACAUCACCGAGACCCUGGUCGACGCCAACCACAGAGAGCUCCCGGCCACCGUCUCCGUGGAGGUGUCCUACCAGGCGCCGGACGCGUCCACGGCGUCCUGGGCGUCGGGGCCGUCGGGCUCCGAGGCGUUCCACGGCCUCGAGGACGACCAGCAGAUGCUCAUCGACAUCGAGCAGAACAUCGCCAACCUGGAGCGCUCCCUGGUGCAGCAGCAGUGGGAGCAGCAGGGCGGCGCGGCCGGCGAGCAGAGCAAGGGCCGCGCCAGGUCGCUCAAGCGGGCCGACUCGGCGGCACAGCCCCACGCCGCCACGCCCAACGCCUCGCCGCAGAAGUCGCCCGCGCCCGACAAGAAGGGGCGGAGCGCGCUGCGGGGCAUGCGGUCGCUGAUGCGGCUCGGCAAGUCCCGCCACAAGGAGGCGUCCAGCGACACGGAGGAGAACGCCGGCUUGCUGGAGGGCGGCCAGGGCACCGCCAGCGGACAGCUGUCCAGGGCGUCGUCGCAGACCUCGCUCUCCUCCAACGAGAGCCAGCAGUCCGUCAGCGUGGCGGAGCGGACGCCCACCAAGAAGCUCAAGAUGUCCCAGGUGGUGACGUCGGCGCUCAAGGCGCAGGACUUCCAAGUGUGCCUGACGGUGAUCGAGGCCCGGCAGCUCGCGGGGCUCAACAUGGACCCCGUGGUCUGCAUCCAGGUGGGCGACCAGCGCAAGUACACCAGCGUCAAGGAAAGCACCAACUGCCCCUACUACAACGAGUACUUCGUGUUUGACUUCCACAUGCCUCCCAUCAUGCUCUUCGACAAGAUCAUCACCUUAUCAGUCCUGCAGUCGAGGAACAUUCUCAGAACAAACAAAAUGUUGGGCAGCUUUAAAUUAGACGUGGCCACCGUCUGGGCCCAGCCAGACCACCAGUUCUACCACAAGUGGGCGCUGCUCACGGACCCGGACGACAUCGCGGCCGGGCCCAAGGGCUACCUCAAGUGCGACAUCAGCGUCAUCGGCAAGGGGGACACCGUCAAGAUCCCGCCCAAGAGCGAGAAGGACGAGGACGACAUCGAGGCCAACCUCCUGCUGCCGGACGGCGUGCCCGUGGAGCGGCAGCGCGCCAAGUUCAUCGUGCGCAUCUACCGCGCCGACGGGCUGCCCAAGAUGAACUCGUCCAUCAUGGCCAACGUGAAGCGCGCCUUCACCGGCGAGGCCAAGGACCUCGUGGACCCCUACGUGCAGGUGUCCUUCGCGGGGAUGACGGGCAAGACCAGCGUGCGCAAGAGCAGCUACGCGCCGGUCUGGAACGAGCAGGUGGUCUUCAGCGAGAUGUUCCCGCCGCUGUGCCAGAGGAUCAAGCUGCAGCUGCGCGACAACGACCCCGUCAACAACACCGUCAUCGGCACGCACUUCAUCGACCUCAAGACCAUCUCCAACGACGGCGACAAGGGCUACCUGCCCACGUUCGGCCCCGCCUUCAUCCACCUGUACGGCUCGACGCGGGACUACUCCCUCAUCGACGAGCACUCCUCGCUGAACGCGGGCCUCGGCGAGGGCGUGUCCUACCGCGCCAGGCUGCUCGUCGCCGUCCGCACCGAGAUCACCGACUCGGUGGACAUCGCGCCCGCCGACGUGGACGUGGAGCCGGCCUACCCCAUCAACGAGUCGUCGUACGGCAAGAACGAGGAGUUCUUCCUGUUCGCCACCAUCCUGGACGCGUCCAUGAUCGACAAGAAGCUGGGCGACAAGCCCAUGUACUUCGAGCUGAGCAUCGGCAACGCGGGCAACACCCUGGACGGCCACAACGAGUCGGCGCAGGAGGUCCGCGACACGGAGGAGGAGGAGGCUCCCGAGAUCGUGACGGAGUCGUCGUGGCAGAGCACCACCACCUCCAUCAAGCCCAUGACCCACGACAGGCUGUACUACUUCCUGCCGUACUGGGACGACAAGCCCUGCAUGCACGUGCGCAGUGUGUGGCCCGACCUGCGGCGCCGCAUGUACAACUCCAACGUCGUCGCCCGGAUCGCGGACAGGCUGGAGGAGGGCCUCGCCGAGGUGCACGGGCUGUCCGAGCGCGAGGACCAGUCGGCGGAGCGAAGACUGAGGGCCGUCCUGGACGACCUGCACUCGGCGUGCGCGCGCUACGUGUCCCUGGCGCGGCAGGCCGCGUCGCAGCCCGGCGCGGGGAAGACCAAGCUGGACCGGGAGCGGGCGCGGCUCUGCGAGAGAGAAAUCGAGCAAAUGGGCACCAUGGCCAGAAACCUCAAGGCUCUAGUUACAAAACACUCCUUCAAGGAGCGUUACAAGACUGCUCACACGUACCUGACCAAGCUCAAGUUCCUGGUGGAGGAUCCCCAGCACGCGCUGCCGGACAUGUUCCUGUGGCUCAUCAGCAACAACAAGCGCACCGCGUACCAGCGCAUCCCCGCCAGGGACCUCAUCUACUCCAUGGUGGCUGAGGAGUGCGGCCGCGACUGCGGCAAGGUGCAGACCAUGUUCCUCAAGCUGCCCGGCAAGCGCGGCCUGGGCCCGUCCGGCUGGGCCAUCCAGGCCAAGCUGCAGGUGUACAUGUGGCUGGGCACGCUCAAGCACAAGAAGAACUUCGUGGACGGGCUGACCAAGGGCUACGAGCUGUCCAACGAGAUCCGGAACGCGGACCGGCCGCGCGCCAUGCCGCCCAGCGUCAUCCACUACGUGGACAAGCGCGUCUUCCAGAUGCGCGCCUACAUGUACCAGGCGCGCUCCCUCAUCGGCUCCGACGCGUCGGGGCUGUCGGACCCGUUCGCGCGGGUGGUGAUCGGCGAGUACUGCCGCACCACGCAGGUCAUCGACGAGACCCUGAGCCCCACCUGGGACGAGCUGCUGGUGUUCGACGACGUGCUCGUCUACGGCACCAAGGAGGAGAUCAAGAAGGACCCGCCCACCAUCAUCAUCGAGGUCUUCGACCAGGACAAAGUGGGCAAGUCCGAGUUCAUCGGGCGCGCCAUGGCCAAGCCGCACGUCAAGAUGCUGGACGAGCCGUACCAGAAGCCCGAGUUCCCGCCGUCGCUGGAGUGGUACGAGAUCAGCCGCGGCCCGGACCACGCCGGCGAGCUGCUGGCCACCUUCGAGCUCAUCGAGGUGGCGUCCUCGCCGCGCGGCGCGCAGGGCCCCGGCCAGGACGUGCCCGAGCUGCCCACGCCCAAGGACACCGUGGUGGCCAGCAGCCAGCAGGACAAGGGGCCCGUGCUGCCCGUGCCGCGCGGCAUCAGGCCCACCCUCGCCAAGUACCGGAUCGAGGUGCUGUUCUGGGGGUUGCGCGACCUCAAGCGGGUGCACCUCAUGAAGGUGGACCACCCCAGGGUCGACAUCGAGUGCGCGGGCCACAUCCUGUACUCGUCCGUCAUCCAGAACGCCAAGAAGAACCCCAACUUCAGCACGCCGGUCAAGUUCCUGGACCUGGAGCUGCCCGAGCAGGAGCUGUACCGACCGCCGCUCACCAUCCGCGCCGUGGACUGCCGCAGCUUCGGCCGCUACACGCUGGUCGGCACGCACAUGAUCAACACCAUCCACAAGUACAUGUACACGCCGCUCACCAAGCGGGAGCGCGAGGCCGAGGAGCGCAAGAAGUCCCUGCAGCAGCUGCAGAACAUGGAGGCGAACGCCGCGGGCCUCGGACACCACCCCGCCGUCGUCAUCUCGCACGACGACCACGAGCUCAGCCCGCUCAUCUCCAAGGAGACCGCCAUCUCGCUGGACUACGGCGGCACCGGCGUGCACGCCAAGCGGGACGGCAAGUCCUCGGGGCAGCGCAAGCGCAAGCAGAGCGUGGACGACGCGGACGGCGACGAGAGCUCGCGGGACUGGUGGACCAAGUACUUCGCCUCCGUGGAGGCCAUGAUUGAGGAGAGCAAGGAGGCCCGCAAGGAGACGGCCCUGGCGACGCAGCAGAACGGCCUGGUGCCCGCCCUGGAGGACGGCGGCGGCGACGGCGGCCGGCGCCACUCGGCCGCCAUCUCCGAGCGCUCCGAGCACUCCCACAAGAAGAAGAGCCACACGCUGAAGGGCACGGCGGCCGCCGCCAAGUUCGUCGCCAGGCUCAGCCCCAAGAGCGCCCGCAGGCACCGCGAGUCCCGCACCGCCCUCACAAAGGUGUACCCCAACGAGCUGGAGGCGCAGCAUGAGUAUAACGGCUUCAAGGAGUGGCUGCUGACGUUUGACCUGCUGCGGGGCAAGAAGACGGGCGACGAGGCCGAGGACGAGAGCAGGGUGGUGGGGGUCUUCAAGGGCGCCAUCAAGGUGUACCGCUGGCCGCUGCCCAAGGACGUGGAGGACCACACCAUCAUGGGCUUCGACCCCCAGUACGGCUUCUUCCAGGGCCUGCCCUCCAACGAGCCCAUCCACGUGCUGGUGCGCGUGUACAUCGUCAAGGCCAACGACCUGCACCCCAUGGACCUCAACGGCAAGGCCGACCCCUACAUCGUGCUGCAGCUGGGCUCCAAGCGCAUCAGUGACAAGGACAACUACAUCUCCAAGCAGCUCAACCCCGUGUUCGGCAAGUGCUUCGAGUUCGAGGCCACGUUCCCCCAGGACUCCAUGCUCACCGUGCAGAUCCUGGACUGGGACCUGGUGGGCUCGGACGACCUGAUCGGCGAGACUCGGAUCGACCUGGAGAACCGCUUCUACAGCAGGCACCGCGCCACCUGCGGCAUCGCCGCCAAAUACGAGGACACGGGCUACAACCAGUGGCGCGACCCGAUGAAGCCCAGCCAGAUCCUGGCCAAGCUCUGCAAGGACGGCAAGCUGGAGCCGCCCGCCUACUCCAGCGGCAAAGUCAAAGUGGGCCGCCGAACUUUCUUCCUGCAGAGCGACGACUUCGAAGGCGGCUUCAGCCCCAAGGUCCUGGAGGAGCACAUGGCCCUGGCGGUGCUGCACCGGUGGCACGAGUUCCCGCGCAUCGGCUGCCAGCUCGUGCCGGAGCACAUCGAGACCAGGCCGCUGUACAACGCGGACAAGCCGGGCAUCGAGCAGGGCAAGCUGGAGAUGUGGGUGGACAUGUUCCCCAUGGACAUGCCGCUGCCGGGGCCCUCGCUGGACAUCUCACCGAGGAAGCCCAAGUCGUACGAGCUGCGCGUCGUCAUCUGGAACACGGACGACGUGGUGCUCGAGGACGACGCAUUCUUCACCGGCGAGAAGAUGUCCGACAUCUACGUCAAGGGCUGGCUCAAGGGCCCCGAGGACUGCCAGUGCACAGACAUCCACUACCGGUCGCUGACCGGCGAGGGCAACUUCAACUGGCGGUUCGUGUUCCCCUUCGACUACCUGGUGGCCGAGGAGAAGAUCGUCAUCUCCAGGAAGGAGUCCAUGUUCUCCUGGGACGAGACGGAGUGCAAGAUCCCGGCCAGGCUGGAGCUGCAAGUCUGGGACGCCGACCACUUCUCGGCCGACGACUUUCUGGGCGCCAUCACGCUGGACCUGAACCGCUUCCCGCGAGGCGCCAAGAGCUCCAAGCUGUGCACGCUGAGCAUGCUGGGGACGGACGUGUCCGUGCCUAUGGUCAACAUCUUCAAGCAGAAGCGCGUCAAGGGCUGGUGGCCCUUCUACGUCAAGAAGGAGAACGAGGAGAUGGAACUGACGGGCAAAGUGGAGGCGGAGAUCCAUCUGCUGACCAAGGAGGAGGCGGAGAGGAACCCGGCCGGCCUGGGCAGGAACGAGCCGGACCCCCUGGAGAAGCCCAAUCGGCCAGAUGCCUCCUUCAUGUGGUUCCUGAACCCGCUCAAGUCCAUCCGCUACAUCGUGUGGCACAACUACAAGUGGGCCAUCCUCAAGGUCUUCAUCGUCCUGGCCGUGGCCAUCAUGCUGCUGCUCUUCUUCUACUCCGUGCCCGGCUACACCGUCAAGAAGAUGCUGGGCGCGUGAAGCGCGCGCGGUGGCGCCAUAAUGACAAUCAAAACAUUUGCAAUCAUCGCCAUCGUGUGUACAUAUAAUAAAAUCGACUCCACAAAACAAACAAAAAACAAAAAAGACUCCUGCAUGACGUAACGUGUGCUUUGCAUCGCUACCAAAGGGUAUUGUAACGUUAUUUUAAUCGUUGUUUGUAAAUUGAAGCGACUGUGAGGCACUGUGGGUGUGGACUCGCCGAAGCAGGGCAGUGCCAGUGUCGGCCAGUGCGCCGGCAAGUUGGCAACCCAUCACACACCGUCAGCCACAUAUCUAUUUACGAGUAUGACGUAUAGCUUUCGAGGACAUUGCACUUUAGACGGUAGAGAGAGGGGGUCGACAGCAAUAAACAACAAUAACUUGUAACCAGUCGAUGAUAUUAUUUAUUUUAGAGUGCUUGGAUAUUACUGUACUGCUCACGUAUUUUUAUCCUGUUUUAUCCGAAAGUGGGAGUGCUAAUCAAAGGUUGUGAAGUUGUACAUACUGUUGCACUAAGCUUGUUCAUUGCCUUCUAUAUGUCGUCCUGGCGCGGCGAUUCGAGAGUUAUUUUCAUUCGAGUGUUUCUCUCCCAGUUGUGGUACUUCCCCCUGUUGGCGCCCAUUUGCAUGAGACACUACAGACAAGUGGCAGCAAGCCCGUCGUACCUCCAAAAGUCCGAAAUGGGCGCGGAAAAUCAAAAUGAUGGGGCAGUACAAGUGAAGUCAGUGAAGGGUGUUUAAGGUGCACUUAGACAAGCCUCCUAGUUGACGUGACGAACAAAACAGCUGGCUGUUUUGCUGUUAAAGAUUUUUUCUUAUCGUGCUAAUGUUUAUGGUAUUUUUAUACAGUUUUGUUUGUUCGAUUGUUGCUGUCAUGUCGUGAGCGCCAAAAGGCGUCCUCGAUUAAAUUUUUAAUUUAUUUACUAAGAUAAAAUAAUAAGCGUCCUUCUGCACUUUUUGGAACGAUUUAUCUUUAACAGGCGGCGAGCGUUGUGGAAACGAGGGGAUUUAAAGUUUGGAAUGUUGGCGGUCCCAGUUUCCAGACGCCUGCGUUUUUUGGCUGUGAGCAAAGGGGUGGGCACGGAGGCGUAGUGUAAUUUUUUUUUCCUUUCCUCGGGAUAGAUAGGUAUCGACUUUUUCUCGAAGUUUCAGUAUCGGCUCUAUAGUGUAUGUGCUUAUUAUCUCUGCUUCCGACUUGAAGUACUUGCUGUCGGUUUAUCUCGCCAAAUAUCCAAUCACGCGGCGAGAACGCACUCGGAAAAUUGUCUGAGGCAAUGUUAAAACAUCUUUGGCGCAAUAAAAUGAUUUGUUUUUCAUUUCUCUGUUGGAACCCUUUCCUAUCUCUCUCUUUUUCAUCCGAUUAUGUCUUCUGUAUUUAUUGAGUGGUUGAACGAAUGAUUGCAUUAUGUCCGCUCCCUUUCAUGUCACAAUAAUAGCGUGUAAGUUACCAUGUGAUGACAAUGACUCAAUAAACGGAUGACCAAAGCAGGA